AUGGUGCAGCCCUACAAACACGGGAAAAAGUGCAUUGCCGAUUUAAAGGCUCUAAUGGAAAAUUGUACAAUGAGAAAGGAGGCUAAUGUGCCCCCUCCCAAAUUGGCUAUCAUCCAUGACGACACUGGUGUGGAUAAUGAAAUUGAUAUGGAAGAUUUUGGGAUGGAAGAAACUAGCAAAGACAAGGCAAUUGCUCCGGAAACAAAGGUUAGAAAGCUUGCCAGCGCAUUGGAGUAUUAUUAUGGUGAAACCUUAGAAGUUCCUGCUUGGGCAAAAGCAUCAGGAAGCUGCAGCUCAAACUUUGUGUGA